UCCAUUGAUAAGUGAAUCACUGUUUAGCUAAAAGAAGCAGACUCGUCUUUCCAAUCUUGAACACACAAACACAGUCACCAUCCCCUCUCUCUUUCUAUCUCACACAUUCAUUAGGGAAUAAAAGCAAACAAAAACAACCCUUUUUUUUUUUCUCUUCUCACAAAUUAAUAAAGUGGGCUGAGAUUGCAAAACCUAGUCCAAGAUCCUCCCACUCAAAGAAAGGCAAGAGAUUCAAGAUCAGCAUUGAAAGAGGAGAUCGGGAAAAAUGGCGAGAGAGAAGAUAAGGAUAAAGAAGAUAGAUAACAUAACAGCGAGACAAGUUACUUUCUCUAAGAGAAGAAGGGGAAUCUUCAAGAAAGCUGAUGAGCUUUCGAUUCUUUGCGAUGCUGAUGUUGCUCUCAUCAUCUUCUCUGCCACCGGAAAGCUCUUCGAGUUCUCUAGCUCAAGAAUGAGGGACAUAUUGGGAAGGUAUAAUCUUCAUGCAAGUAACAUCAACAAAUUGAUGGAUCAAUCUUCUCUUCAUUACCAGUAUGAGAAUUGUAACCUCUCCCGACUAAGUAAGGAAGUCGAAGACAAAACCAAGCAGCUACGAAAAUUGAGAGGAGAGGAUCUUGAUGGACUGAACUUGGAAGAGUUGCAGCGGCUGGAGAAAUUGCUUGAAUCCGGACUUAGCCGCGUGUCUGAAAAGAAGGGUGAGAGUGUGAUGAGCCAGAUUUCUUCUCUUGAGAGACGGGGAUCGGAGUUGGUGGAUGAGAAUAGGAGACUGAGGGAGAAACUAGUGACGUUGGAAAGGGCUAAAACGAUGGCGUUGAAGGAGGCUGUGGAGACAGAGUCGGCAACCACAAACGUGUCAAGCUAUGACAGUGGAGCUCCCUGUGAGGAUGACUUCUCAGACACUUCCCUCAAGCUUGGGCUUCCAUCUUGGGAAUGAAUUGGAGAGGAAGAGAGAGGUAAAGCAGAGUUGACUAUGAUGGGAUGAAACAAAUUCUUUAAGUCUUCCUUUUCACUUUCUUUUCUUUGAAUAAAGAGUUCUCAUUGCAUUGUGGAGACUAAGCAAGUUUCUUACAUUGGGCUAUUCUUGUUUUUUUCCUUUUUCUUUUUCUUAUUCCCAAAACUAUUUUGGACCAAAGAAAAAUCAAUGGACCCCCAUAUUGUCUUUAUUCUUUAUCGUUAACCCCAAUUAUUUUGCUUUAUUAGUACUUCAUCUCAUAAAGUUAACAACCGG